CAUAGGAUACGAUCGACACUUAAAUAGAAUGGACAGAAUCUUGUCCCAUCCACACCCUUCCUGCUAUUCUCACACCGAACUGGCUAUUAAAAUUGCCCAUUUGACUUAAAUAUAGACCAUGUCGCCUCCGCUGGGCCCUCCCGUCUCACAACCAACAGCGCUCAGGCCGUCCGCUGUGGUACUUGAAGGACGUACUGUCCGCUUGCUCCAUCUUAGCCCUGAACAUGCAGAUCAACUUUUCCUCCUUGUCGGAGGAAAUGACGAGACCAAAGCCGCGCUCUGGACGUACAUGAUGGAUGGUCCGUGGAGUGACAUUGAGACGUUCCGCGCAGCAGUAACCGCCAAAUCGAUGUCUACCGAUCCAUUCUUCUUUGCCAUCCAAGAUUCUUCGAGUGGUCGUGUUGUGGGGCAGCUAUCGCUCAUGAGCAUCGUUCCGGGGCAGCUGAGGGUGGAGAUUGGUAGCGUGCUUUACUCCCCAGCUCUUCAACGCUCUACGGGUGCAACUGAAGCGGUUUAUCUUCUGCUACAGUAUGUCUUUGAGUCUCUCGGUUAUCGCCGUGUAGAAUGGAAGUGUAAUGCCUUGAAUCGGGCAUCUCAGAGCGCAGCGGUGAGACUUGGAUUCACAUUUGAAGGCGUUUUCCGACAGCACAUGGUUGUGAAGGGCAGGAGUAGAGAUACGGCUUGGUACUCAAUCCUACAGGAGGAAUGGGAGCAAAAGCACAUCAAGGAGUCUCUGGAACUCUGGCUCCAAGAGAGCAAUUUCGAUCUUGAGGGGAGGCAGAGGAAAGGGUUGGCGGAGAUCAGGAAGGAGCUUGAGCAUCACACCCGGCACAGUGAUUUAUAAGACUCUUCCGGCUGAUGGCCAACGCCCUAAGUGAUCUCUGCUAUGCACGAACUACGGAUGACGGAGAGUGUAUUUUGUCACCACCUUCAACCCUUCUGAAUAGCUUCAGAAAUGACCUUUAAACUCAUGUGAGUAGGGCUAAUUUUGCCGCAUGAUCAGAUCUAGGUUGAUAAUAUCCCCUUCUCGCUAUUCCUGGCUUCCACUGAGCGGGGUGGAAAGGUCUCGGCCAUGAAAGAUGGCGUAUAUAUAU